UUUUUGCACAACGCUAGAACAGAACGCAGAAAAAUAUUGCAGCGCACGCCACGUUCACGGUGCCGCAACUUCGCAUUUAAAUUAGUCAGCGGUCAGCGAACACAUUUCGCCAUAUACCAAUUUUAUCGGAAGCGUUAACUAAAGCGGGUAACUAACAAUGGCUAUUGCCGAGCACGAUAACGUUUUCAUAUUUGUGCCCAAUCUGAUUGGUUAUGCACGCAUCGUGUUGGCUCUUAUUGCGUUUUGGUUCAUGUCCACCAACUAUGUGAUCGCCGGUUGGUGUUAUAUAAUCAGUGCAUUGCUGGAUGCUGUUGACGGUCAUGCAGCUCGAGCCUUCAAUCAGAGCACACGCUUCGGCGCCAUGCUGGAUCAGCUCACAGAUCGUUGUGGCACCACAGGACUGCUGGUCACCCUGGCCUAUUUCUAUCCAAGCUACAUGUUCUGGUUCCAGCUCUCCAUCGCCAUCGAUGUUGCCUGCCAUUGGCUCUACAUGCAGACGAGUGUUGUGGUUGGACGAACCUCACACAAGGUAAAUGAUAACGUUGUCAUGCGCAUCUAUUAUCAGAAGGAUGUGCUCACCUUUAUGUGCUGCGUGAACGAGCUCUUCUAUGUUUGCCUCUAUCUCUUGCAUUUCACCUAUGGACCCUUGAUACUCGGCGCCUCAUUGUUCAAAAUAUUGGCCUUCCUCACCGGACCAUUUGCGGUGCUCAAGGCAGUGAUCUCUCUAAUCCAUGCUUAUAUUGCUGGCCAGGAUUUGGCUGCUGUCGAUGUGCGCGAGCGUGUGGAGAAGCGCCAAAAGGCUGAGCCUGUUGUCGGCAAGAAGUUGGAGUAAGCUGGAAAGUGGCUGAAGAAGCAAAGUACUAAGCAACACUAUUGAUUCCAAAUAACUAAAACAAUAACUUAAUGAAAACAAAAAGAAAACAAAGAAGAUAACAAAAAAAAACAAAUGUAAUUUAUGAUAGUCAAUUUUUAGUUAUUAGUACUAUGCACUAUUGCUAAUCUGUUCUGUUGACUUUAUUUUGUAUUUUAUUUAGUUUAAAAUUUAAUGCGAAUUUUUUUCGGUAUGGUGAUUUGAUGAAGCAUUAGAAUUGUGUAUACAUAUUUAUUUGCCUAAGUUAAUUAUAAUUAUAAACAUUUAUUUUGUGACGCUUAUACAAACACAAACACAGUGAGAGAAGACAACCAGCUGCAGAUGAAUAUAUAAUUUAAUCUAUAUAAACAACUGAAAGAAAGAAUUUGCAAAAGAACAAACUUGUUGAAUGUGUUGAAUAAUUGAUGUCAUCCAUUUUGAAAUGAAUUUCUUACUAUAUAUGUAUAACCAACUAAUUGCAUGUAUGUGUAUUUAAUAUUUAGUCGUAGAAACUAUUGAUACCUAUUAAUUACGAGACCUGCAAUUUGAAGGAACCAAACAAAAGAACAAAUCAUGAAAACUAACUAUACAAAUGAAUAAUGUUUUCAAAAUGGAAUUGCUGUAAGGCGAUAUUAGUUCAAAUCGAUUUAAACUUACAGCACAAGCAACACAAUAUACAAAAGAAAUUAAAUAAAUUAAAUAGUUUUGUGUGCAAAAUUCA